GCCGCGGCGGCAGCUGCGAAGGCCGACAUCUCGGACGAGAGUGAUAGUGACAGUGAAGAAGAUGCCGGUACCGACCUUGACGGUGUCGUUGGGACUCCCGGAGGACUCCGGCAGAGACACCAAACCCGUCCCGCAAAAAUACCGACUGUCAGCUUCAGCAAUUCCGUGGCCCUUCCGCACGUCAAGCAGGAAGUCUGGCUUCGGUCCGUCAUCUAUCACCUUCGUGAAAACAAGUUUCCACCCGACGCCACGGGCGCGCGCCAGCUUCCGCACGACGACAUUCUGGGCAUCUCCGUGAAAUUCAGAAACAGGAGUGCCGUCAAGGCCUGUCUAGCGCACGGGGCGGACUUGUUUAACCCGAAGCGCGCGCCGAUUGUGACCAGAAAUAAUGUUACAGGCGCCGACUUAUCGGCCCUGCCAGACAUUGUGGAUGGACCACUGCAUGCAGAGCACCAGAAGGAGGGAACUUCUACAAGAGAGAAAUCGAAAGAGACACCAGCAGGUUCUCGAAAGCUACAAGGCCGAUCGGUAAGAGCUGCUGCUGCAAAUAGUACUAACGCCGAGCUUUUCAUCCAGAACAACCUUCUCGAAUACGCGAUCUUGCAGAACGAUAGUGAAAUGGUGAGCAUCCUUCUUUCCGCGGUGCCGACCGAGGACGACUGGCUCGCGCACUCCGAGCUGCAAGCGGUGUUGCGAAAGUCGCUGAAGCACAUUGCGGAUUUGCGAGCUCAGCAAGAACAGCAGAUCCACCUCUCCAACGGCACCCUGACGUUUAAGACCGCACUGCUGACCAACAUCAUUGACGAGCAUUUGCACUUGCUGAAGCACUGGAUUUUGCCGAAACUGCACCUGCAGGACCUCCCGGAAAAAUCCCUGCGAGUCUUCGAAAUGGAGAUGCUGGACUACGCGGGCAUUCACCACGUUACGUUCGCAGAUCUGCAGACGCCGAGCUUUCUGAAGCCGGAGCUGUUUUACCUCUUCGGCGCCUGGCACACCGAGAGCCACGCCGCGGCCGGACCGAGGUCCUCCCGGACUGUGUCAUCUCCCGAAGUGGACGCGAUAUCAGAGAGAGGGAGCUUGCUUUGGGAAAAGCAAAAGACUCUGUCCGUAUCACCGAGCGAAUCGCCCGCAGACUCUAGACGGUCUUCUGUGGACAGCGGCACAGGAGCAGGAGCUGUUAUAGUUCCUGCGACUCGUGAAGAUGAUUCCUUUUGGAAGCACCAGAUCAAGGGAAAUACAACCCUCCUGGAAAAACUGAAAACCGCCAAUGCCACGGUGCAAGUCGGUAGUGGUCUUGCGCCUGCUGGUCACCAGUACGCGGCUACUAGAGCGGAACAUCCCCUGAUGCAGGAAGAGUAUCAUGUUCAUGUCAGCGGCGAUCCAGGUAUUCCCGAAGAUCCAUUGGCGGGUGCACUACUCGAUACGCUGUUUGAUGACGAUGAAGACGAUUCCGGUCCAGCUCCAAGUGAUGAAGAAGAGGAAGCUGACAGUGCUAAUGCCCUGCCCUUCUCGGCGGGUGGAUUGGCUUUCGGAACAACGACUUCUGUCGGCGAGCAGCAGGAGGAAAGAAGCGCUUCUCGUUUUCACCGUCGAAAUGCAGCGACAGCGAGUGGUUUCCAGUACCACUACCAAGAAGAAACCUUUGAACCGAUCGCAGGUCCCCCGCGGCCACAAGACGCGGCGCAGCGGCAAGAUCUUCUGAGACGUGCUCAUCUACUUGACAAGGCUCGUCUCCUUCACAAGCAGAAUAAACAAGAAAGGGUCAACAUUCACGACCUACAUCCUGGCCUCAUCGUGUCACGAAGCACUGCUAGCGCACCACAGCUUGUGGACGACAGAGGCGGCGGCGUUUACUCGUCCGAGAAUGAUGAAGAGAGCUGCGCCAGCUCUGAAUAUGGACACCGAGAGGGCGAAGCUGCAGAAGGGGCUUUGAGCAAGGCAUUCGAGAGACUCGUUCUGAGCGGGGAGAUUCACGGCACCGCGGCUGAGCGGCAGCAAGUUCUGCUAGCCCCUGCUCCAGCUCGCAGCGAUACUGCAGCUUGUUUAGGCGGAGCGUCCGGCAGUCGUGCCGGACCUCACAUUCUUGACGCCCUGGCACUGCCGAUACCGUGUCAUGAAAGUUUUACAAGUCCUCCGGUAGUACCUCCCUCGGCCGCGCGUCGUUCUCCUUCCUCAUCGUCUUCCGGCGCCCACGAUAGUACAUAUCUAAGCGUCCCUCACACCGGCAGGCCAAUGAUUCCGAUGAUCCCGACGAGUGCGACCUCCUCGUCCCCGCCACCCACGGACGGGCCAACGCUUUGCACACCUUUAGUACGGUUGGCAGCGGGGGCAGUAGUGCCACCCGCUUCAGAUACAGAUUCCGUUCCAGCAGGAGCUGUUCCCCAGCGUUGCCGUUGGUUGGACGCCUCCCUUCGAACCGGAAUACUGGGACCGCCGCGCAGCGCGACGCCUGUCAUAGGCGAAGAUGAAGUUGUGAUGGAUGACCCUUUAGUGCAGCAGCCGUGUGUAUUUUCUCCACCUCCAGGAGUGCCCGCGCCGGUGUUCCCAAGCAGGCAGAUAGAACGACACCACGAGGAGGAUCGAGAUCUUCCGUGGGCAGUGUCUGCUCGUGUGCAGCUAGCGUCUGCUGCGGAGGAAUAUCAUGAACAGCAUGCCGUGCAAGUCGAGCAGUUUCAUGCUGCGGAAGCGGCUCAGCCGUCUGAACCUGAAGCGGACCAGGAGUUGCACCAACAUGAUCCAAGUACUACACGCAGCGCGCUGGGCAGUUUUAUUUCCAUUUCGUCCGAUUCUGCAUCGGAAGGUUCUUUCUACGAGGGCGAGCAGCUUCUGCAAAACGGUCGUCCUUCCGGUAGCUACACGUGCGCAGAGUUAGAUCCGGAGAUGCUACGAAUUCUGCUGCAACUCAAGCCGUCACUGAUUCUGGAUCCCUUUUUGGCGAAUAAUGAAGCGGAAGCACGAACAGCUUUACCUUUAUUACCCCGGGACGAGGAUAAUUACCCUCAGAAGUCUGAAGAAGCUGAGUACCACGGUAACUUACUGCACAUCAUCUUUGGCAGUCAGCAGUAUUUGCACUUUACGCUGGAUGACGAAUUUGAAGCGAGGACUAGAAAUGCGAGCUCGGACGUUGAUAACCAAGGUGGAACAGCGGAGGAUAUUCUGAAUUUUACCGAGCAAGAUGAAGAACAAUACCAGCACUCACGCCUGGCUGAGGAUAAGUACCCGUGGCUGAUCUUUGACGAGGCCACCUGUGGCUUCGAGCACCGGGUUAAAUUUGCGAAAGUUGUCCUGGAAGUGCUGCAGCAGCAGGGAAAAGCGACAAAUCCUAGUGCCGAUAAUCAAAAUUUCGAGCACACGUACUGGUCGGACCAAGAGGGGCCCCGCGGGAGGCCCGGUAGCGUCCCGAGCGCCGGGCGGAGGAGCAGCAGUAACUCAACUAGUUCUACCGCCGGACGGUAUCAGCACACCAGCAGACCUCUCGUCAGUCUGGCGAUUGGGGUGCAGCGUCACCAGCACCUGGGUCGUAGUCAUUCCUUCGCCUCCGUCCUGUCAUCUUCUUCUGGCACCAGCUACAGCGACCCGCCUCGACGUCUCCAUGACGAGCAGCUCAAAAGUAUUAAUCCCAACAUUUUGAAGCGUGCCGAUCGGGAUCGAGAUGGGAGCACUCCCUUUGCGCUCAUGAUCCGAAGCUUCCGCAUGGCUGUCCAGGAAGUCGGUUUUGUGACCGCGGCGCAACACACCGCUUGGAAAGAGGCUUUGGACAUGUUCGACGGUGCGAGCAUCCCAGAGGACGGUAGUUACUUCAAGGAGCUUCUCCUGAUCGAAGACGCGUACGAGGACAAAGAGCACGCAAGCGUUGUCAUCGCAGAGCUCGUGUUUGACUUGGCAAGAAACCGCCAGGGCGAGCUGGCCCGUAUCAUUCGUUUCUGGGACAACUACUCCAGCCAGAGUUCCCGCACGACCCGCACCCCAAACCAGGCUUCGCAGGCGUUAUGCCUGGUUUACGGCCUCACGCAGUUAUGGUCCGGGGCCUUCAACGAUGUGUAUCAUCAGGCGUACGGUUCGCGGAAUUCCAAUUACCAACCCGGACACGCGAAUGCCUUCGUGCAGGGUUUCCUGUCCUUCUUGACAACCACGACGGGCAACGAACAAAAUUUCGUACCUAGAACAACGAGGACCCAGCAAGCGGCGACUGCUGCCCAGGCUGGAGAUGAACAAGGUAGCUCGGUAGGAGGUGCCGGGCUCCGGGGCGGGCGGGCUCCUGUGGGAAGUUGUGCACCAGUAGAACAAGCUGCUUCUGGACUAUCAGCUUCAGGAGGCCUACCAACCUCCGCCAGUCCAACUUCUAAUGGCACGACUUCGAGGACCAGCGCAGCUGCUCCUGCUCCUGCUGACAUUGUUUCUAACCAGGUGCAGGUCACUUCGGAUCUGAACUUUUUUCUGGACCAACACCACUCCGUCCUUUCUGUCUUUCUGCACCUCCUGCUCGAUUCAUUCAACGCAAUGGUCGUCACUUGCAGCGACACUACCGGCACUCCAGUUGUACCAACUUCACGAGCAGGUCGUGUGCAUCAGCUGCUGUGGCCGGCGCACAACUACAAGCAGGGCCCAUCCACUUCGUCGAGAAUGGGGAGCAAAGAUCUCGCUUCUGGUAGCGACGGUCCUGAAAAAAAAAAAUCUGGGGCAGCUGCUGGUG